CACAGAAGAGCAAUAGAGAGCAAGAUAAGACACAUUAAAGAGAACAGAGAAAAUGGUGUGUGUAUUUUUUUUGACUGAAAAGGUAGCCCUUGAGAAUAGAGAACAGCAGCUGGAAUAUAUGCGGAAAGUCUGAGAAGCAUCCUGUGUUGUUGUCAGCAACAAAAGAGAUCCACCCACAGACAAGGCACAAGCAGACGACACGCGACCCUGCACAAGCCCCCCACAACUCAAGCUCUGUUCAAAGCCAGGAGGAAAAAAUUACUUUUCAACACAGACAAUCCGUGUCCUGCUUGCUAAAGGAAUGGCUGACAACGUGAACAAUCAGACAACAGACUAUGGCAGCGUAUUCACCCACCAGGUGCUCCCAUAUCUUUACAUUGUCAUGGGUGGUGUGGGCUUGAUUCUCAACAGUUUGGCUGCCUGGAUCUUCUUCCGGGUGCCCAGUGACUCAGGCAUGGUGGUCUAUUUGAAGAACAUGGUGCUGGCCGACCUGCUGAUGCUCCUCACCAUCCCUUGGCGUGUGGCGAGUGAGUUCGGCCUGGGUGGCUGGCAAAUGCGAGUGAUUGUAUGCCGCUACAGCGCCGUGGUCUUCUACAGCUCCAUGUAUGUGGGCAUCGUCCUAAUGGGCCUCAUCAGCCUAGAGCGUUAUGUCAAGGUCGUGGGACACUCGUGCUCCUGCACACACCUCCUACAGCGGGUGGGCUUUGCCUGGAUCCUGGCCUUGCUGACCUGGGGUUUGCUGCUCUUCUCAAUGCUCCCCAAUGUUGUGAUGACCAGCAAGCCCGCAGAUGAGGAGAGCUCCAGGAAGUGUGUAAACCUGAAGACCCAGCUGGGUAUGAAGUGGCACGAGGUGUCCUCCUGCUUCAGCGUGGCCCUGUUUUGGGCCACCUUCCUGCUAAUGGCUUUCUGCUACAUCUCCAUUUCCCGCCACUUCUACAAGUCGUAUCGUCGCGUGAACCAGGACAAAAGCAAUGUGUACAGCAAGUCCAACCGCAGCAUCUUCAGCCUAUUGGCUGUGUUCUUUGUCUGUUUUGUGCCCUAUCACGUCUGCCGUGUGCCCUACACCCUCAGCCAGUUGCAAGACUACACCCACACAAGCAGGUAUAUUCUAUUCCAGAUGAAGGAGCUGACCCUCUGUCUGGCAGCGCUAAAUGUUUGCCUGGACCCAAUCAUCUACUUUCUGAUGUGCACCAGGUUUCGUGAGUCACUGCUUAAGAAACUGCCUCUGGCUGAAAGUGGUCUGGGACUACGUUCCUUCACUAUGGAACAAAGUGUCAGUAAUAUUUGAUUAGUUGUUAAUAACUGUAGGAAGAGAACUGCUGGCCAAAGAGGUUUGACAGCAACAGAGCGGAGAACAAAAUGGGUAAGAUGAAAAAAUGAAGGUGGAAGAGUUUUCAAGCUGUAAAAGAAAAGAUUCUCAAACUAGGUUUUUGUUUACAUAUUGCAGGCAGCUGAAUGACCAUUUCGUAAUGAAUGCAGCUGUGUAUACAUUUUUCAAUAGAGCACAUGCCAAAGAAUGUUCCUUACUCACAGGUUCCCCCGCAGAACAUUAAAAUGAAAUGCUUACUCUCAAACGUACUUCCUGGGAGUCUGUCUGAAGAAAGAUUAAAGACCUUCAAGCACAGGUUUCUAGAUCAUUUCUACAAUAAUGUUCUGUAGAACCUUGAAGACAACUACUCUGCAUUGUAAAUGAUAGAAAGACUCAUGUCAUUGUAGAACACCAAUUUACAGUACAUAGAAUUCUUACAUGAAAUUGCUACUGUGGGCAUGUAUUAAGACAUUUCACAUCAAUGUUGUUUUGUUGGUGUUAUUAAAUGUUUUCAGAGUAAAGGUUUAACAUGGUAUAUGGAUGUUAGAUUUUAUUCUGGCGGGUCUAAGGGCUUAUUUACAUUACGAGUGAGAUAUAAGGCAAGACAGACUUAUCUUAGUUUGCAUAAUAAUUUCCAUAACAUUUGAAUUAACACCGGCACCAGCAAGCUGUACCUUUGCGGGAUUGUGGCCAUCAGUCAAGGGAAAAUCAAGCAAUAUGCAUGCACAUUGCAAAGAGACUUGAUGAAGUUCCAACACAAUUAUCUUCAUGCUUGUACAUGAAGAUAAUUCUUCAUGUGCCCCCUCCUCGGGGGCCUUGAUCCAAAAUGUGACGCACGCUACUCGGAUGGUGGCGCUUCUAGCUAUUGAUAUCUGCAAAUUAACAAAACAAAAUAAUCUAUACAUUUGAUAGCUUCACAAGGAGCAGACUGAGGAUGGAGUCAGUGCAUCAAGAGCCACCAAGCACAGAUGUGUCAAGCCGCUCCUGAACCAGAGACAACAUCAGAAGCAUCUUAACUUGGCGAAGGAGAAAAAGAACUGGACUGCUGCUCAGUGGUCCAAAGUUCUCUCUUCAGUUGACUGUACAUUAUGCAUUUCGUUUGGAAAUCAAGGUCACAGAAUCUGGAGGAAGCGUGAAGAGGCACAUAAUCCAAGUUGCUGAAGUCCAGUGUGUAGUUUCCAGCAGUCUUUUCUAGCAGGACUUGGUACCUGCACACAGUACCAAAACAAUUGGUAACUGGUUUGCUGCCCAUGGUAUUACUGUGCUUGAUUGGCCAGCUAACUCACCUGACCUGAACCCCAUAG